AUGGGUAGCAGCCAUAUCUUUAUGUCCACUCUUCAUCUCAUCCUCUUUUUUUUCUUCUCCCUGCUUGCAACUUCAUCCUACCUACAACUUAUUAAACCCGUUUCAUGUACCAAAAUCCCUAUUUCCAGGUGCUCGGAUGUGGAGAGGGAAGCACUUCUUAGCUUUAAAUACAAUCUCACAGAUCAAUCGGGUCGUCUCUCUUCUUGGGUUGGUGAGGAUUGUUGCAACUGGAUAGGCGUUGGCUGUGACAACAACACCGGAAAUGUAGUGAAGCUUGACCUCAGAAACCCAUUUGUUCAGCUUAAUUUUUCCGAUUUUGAUCCUUAUUAUGUACUAUUGUCCGAUAAAGAGAUGGAAGCUUACAACAGGUCGUGCCUGGGGGGCAAGAUAAGUUCUUCUUUACUCAAUAUAAAGCAUUUGAGUUACUUUGACCUAAGCUUUAAUAAUUUUAAUGGAAUCAGUAUUCCAAAAUUUUUGGGUUCCCUUGAGAAUCUGAGGUAUCUCAAUCUCUCUUUCUCAUUGUUUUCCGGAGUUAUUCCUUCCCAUAUUGGGAAUCUUUCAAGGCUCCAAUCUCUAGACCUCAAUUCAGCUUCAUACUCCACCAACUUUAGCAAUCGAAAUUCAAAAUUGGAGGUCGAAAGUCUAGAAUGGCUUGUUGGCUUUUCUUCUCUUAAGUACCUUGGAAUGGAUUUUGUAAAUCUUGAGAAAGUACCGGAUUGGGUCCAUGCGAUUAAUGUGCUUCCUUCCUUACGGGAGUUACACCUAGCUGGCUGUGAACUUGUUAGUCUUCCACACUCUAUUUCUUCCAUCAACUUUACAUUGCUUUCAGUCAUUGAUCUCUCUUUCAACGAUUUUAACUCCUUCAUACCUCAAUGGUUGUCAAAUGUGAGUGGGCUUUCAACAAUCAAACUUGAGACCAGUUUGCUUAGAGGUACUAUUCCAAUUGGUCUGAUACAUCUAGCCAACUUGCAUAGCUUGAAUUUAGCUGACAACCAGUUAAGUGGGGAGAUAACUGAGUUUGUGGAUGGCUUGUCUCAAUGUUCCAACAAUAGCUCUGAAGAUAGUAGGAACUUUCCGUCAUUGCAAGAACUUGACCUCUCUUUUAAUCAAAUGAACGGAACCAUUCCAGAAAGCAUCGGGAAACUGGCAAGGCUUGUUUCAUUGAAUCUUUUUGGGAAUUCUUGGGAAGGUGUCCUAACUGAAGCUCAUUUUCAAAACCUCACCCAAUUAAAAUCUCUUCGGUUGUCUGUGAAAGUUUCUACAAAUUCGACGUUGGUUUUAAAAGUCAAACAGGACUGGGUUCCUCCUUUUAAGCUGAUAGACCUUAAAUUAACAAACAUGCGGAUCGGCCCAACCUUUCCAACUUGGCUUAAAACCCAAAAUGAACUCAAUGUUCUUUGGCUCGAGAAUGCUGGCAUUUCUGACACCAUUCCACAUGGCCUUUGGAAGUCUUACCCAAAUGUCACCGAUUGGAAUCUAUCUCAUAACAAAUUACGCGGGCAGGUACCGUACUUUAAAUUUCAACCUUUGGUUGCUAGUGUUGAUUUGAGGUCCAACAAGUUAGAGGGUCCACUUCCACUUUUUCAUAAUAAUCUCAGAUCUAUAUUCCUUGGUAAUAAUAUGUUUUCUGGACCUAUUCCAAAAAAUAUAGGUGAGUUAUUGCCCAACUUGAAUUGGUUGGACCUCUCUUCAAAUUCAAUUACUGGCAGAAUUCCCCAUUCUAUUGGAAUGCUAAAGAAAUUAGGCUUUCUUAUUUUAAGAAAUAAUUUCUUGUCUGGGAGACUCCCACCUCUUUGGAAGGAUUUACAGAAGUUAACGAUAUUGGACAUAGCAGAGAACAAUAUAUCUGGCAAUGUUCCAAGUUCAAUGCAAUAUUUGAGAUCACUGGAGGUAUUAUCAUUGAGCCAAAAUCAUCUUGAUGGAGAGUUUCCUUCUUUCUUUAGAAACUAUAAAAACUUGCAAAGCCUUGAUCUUGGAAGGAACAAAUUCUCUGGAAAACUUCCAACAUGGUUAGGAGAAAGUCUACCAUCUUUAUUGAGGUUGAGCCUAAGGUCCAACUUGUUUCAGGGGGACAUACCUCAACAAUUAUGUCUUCUUUCAAAUCUCCAAAUCCUAGACCUUGCACACAAUGAUUUUUCAGGAGUAAUCCCUCAAUGUUUAGGAAGCUUGCGUGGUAAUAUUGAGAAUGGAGGUUAUUUUGUAGACUAUGAUUACCAAAUCUUUUUGGUUACCAAAGGAAUAGAAUAUGGAUAUGGUCAAUCUUUUUUUAAUCUUGUAUAUUCUAUAGACCUUUCGAGUAACAAUUUAUCUGGAGAAAUACCUGAUAAUAUAACAGGCAUCUCUGAAUUGGUGAUCAUGAAUUUAUCAAUGAAUCAUCUCACUGGAAGAAUUCCUAAAAAAAUUGGGAAUUUACACAUGUUAGAAACACUUGAUCUUUCAAUGAAUGAGCUUUGUGGUCCUAUCCCUGAAAGCUUGUCUUCUUUGACAUUCUUAAGUCACUUGAAUUUGUCAUUCAACAACUUGUCUGGGAAAAUUCCUAGUGGGAAUCAACUUCAAACACUUAAUGACUCAUCUAUCUACGAAGGUAAUUCUUUACUCAGUGGGCCUCCUCUUUCAACCAAGUGUUCAGAAGAUGGAACUAAACUUAGAGUAACACCAAAUGGUGAUAACCAAGAUGGAAGGGGAGUUGAGUCAUUCUUGUUCUGGAUUAGCAUGGUUGCUGGGUUUAUUGUUGGAUUUUGGGGAGUUUGUGGCACACUGAUUAUCAAAACAUCAUGGAGACAAGCUUACUUUCGCAGCUUUGAUAAUUUGAAAGACAAGAUUGCUGUUUUCGUUAUGGUCAAAAUUGUUUGCUUACUAAGGAAGGUCAAGUCAGAGAGAAAUUGA